AUGCCACGGCUCAAAACGGACGCAGAGUUGCAGGACCAACGGAACAAGCUCGCCAACUCAUACCAGUCCCUACUAAGCGAAUUUUCCUCGCCUGACCUCCACACCGUCGGCAACUACACCCUCGGGCGACUCAUCGGCAAGGGCAGCUUCGGUAAGGUCUACUUGGCCUCACACAAACUCACCAAUGGCUCCAAAGUCGUGCUCAAGAGCGCCAAAAAGGACGACGCGAACCUCGCCCGCGAGAUCCACCACCACCGGCAGUUCCUACAUCCACAUAUCGCGAGGCUGUACGAGGUUAUAGUCACGGAGAAUCUGGUAUGGUUAGUGUUGGAGUACUGCCCGGGAGAUGAGCUGUACAAUCAUAUCCUGAACCAUGGGCGCAUGGCGCCGGAAAAGGUGCAAAAGGUUUUCACACAAUUGGUCGGCGCUGUGAACUAUGUACAUGCCAAGGGCUGUGUACAUCGGGAUCUCAAGCUGGAGAACAUACUCCUGGACAAGCACGGGAAUGUCAAACUUGUGGACUUUGGCUUUACGCGGGAGUACAAGGGAGCGACGAGCUAUCUACAGACAUGGUGUGGAACGGUAUGCUACAGCGCGCCGGAAAUGCUCAAGGGUGAAAAAUAUGCGGGAGAAAAGGUGGAUGUGUGGAGUUUGGGCAUCAUUCUGUUCGCGCUGCUAUGUGGGGAGUUACCCUUCGACGAGGACGAUGAUUCCGAUACCAAGGUCUUGAUAUUGAAGGAGGAUCCAAAAUACCCCGACUACAUUCCCGAACCUGCAAAGGAACUGCUCAAGAAGUUGCUUUCCAAGCGUCCGCUCUUGAGACCAUCACUGGGAGACAUCUUACGAGACCCUUGGCUCUCCGAUCACGCGCCGCAACAGCAGGAGAUUCUCAAGUUACAGCAACCAGCUCCUUUCACCACUCAAAUUGAGAAGGAUGUCCUACAACGAAUGAAAAGUGCUGGCGUGAACAUUGACACGGUCAUUGAAAAUGUUCUGUCCCAGCGAUGUGACUCGCUGGCGGGAUGGUGGGCAUUACUAUCGGAGAAGGAAGUGCGAAAGGAGAAGCGGCGAGAGCGGAAACGCAAGGAGCGAGAGGCGGACUCCAAGUCCGUACGCAGGUUAAGUGCUGCUAGUGGCAGGCUGCUUGCAAAUCUCGGCGAGAUCAAUGAGAGCGAAGAGGCUUUCCUACAGCUCUCGCCUCGAUCGCGUGGUAGGCGACUAGAGCGUGCGAACGGAUCUUCUCUGCACAUGCCAGAGCUGCCGAAAGUCACCGAGACGAUCUCGCCCAGUCCGGAAAGUGUAAUUCGCGGAUCCAACAAUUCGGGGCGACAUGAGAGUCGCUCUCGAAGCAGGCCACCACCGCCUCCGAAAGACUACAGCAGCGCAGUUGCACGAAAUAGGCGGACUGCCUCGCGAGGAAGCCAAAGCAUGCUCCGGACUGUCGUUACAAACCCAGACUUGCUCAGUCCGUCAUACGUACCGCAGCCGCAGCGAAAAAGACCCAAGUUUUAUCCUCAACCCUUGAAGGAACACCUGGCCUGGUUCAAGCAUCUCUUCAAAGAGGGCAGUUUAAAACGCGCAAAGUCCCCUUCUGAGGGCGAGAAGAACAAGAAAGGCAGUGGCUCUCAGCAAGGCAGUCCUAGCAAGAAGGCCGGACAGGAAAAAGGCGAUUUAAGAGACCUACAGCGUCUUUCGGCAGGACCCCCACCACAGAUUCGAAGAACUAGUGUCGGGAACCAUCUGGACAUGCAGAAGAUUAAAGUUCCAGCAGCAAGACCUCGGAUUAACACGGCUUCCUCCACUGCAAGUGGAGCAAGUACAAGGGUCAAACGCACGAGUUUGAGCCCACAUACUCUCACGCCUCAUUCAUCUUACCGCCGGGCUUCGGGUCUUCGGGGUCGCAAAUCCACAUCCUCCUCCGUCUCCUCGAUACGUAGUACAUAUCAGACACGAGAUCACGGACAUCAGCAUUCGCAUUCCAAAGCUUCGAGCACUUCUAGCGCCUCUGUUGCAUCGCCUUCAGGACUUUCCUCCGCCUCGGGGUCCAGGCUUGGGAGAUCUCCGCAUAAUUCCGUAAAGGUCCUCCCUUCAACACCUGUAGGUGGAAGUUUUCCCUCUGGAAUCAGAUUCUCGAGACGACCGCCUCCUUCGGAUAUCGGGUCUCUGCCAAAGUUUGGCGAGGGGAGAAGUGCAUGGAAUGCGGCCCCUCCUCCGGUUUCUCCAGGUCUACCAGUCUUUGCGAAGAGGAAGAGGUCUGUUUUUAAAGGGCCUAUGAGCGGUUCACCUAGCGGGUUUGGCAGGACCAGUAGUGCUCCGACCACCAGCAGAUCCGCGAGCAUUCCGGGGCGACCUAGUGGGGAGAUGAUGCCUGGCGUGGAAGAGGAGGACGAAGAUGAAGCCUAUGAGGAAGUUGAUCAAUUCGGUCCAGACUUACAGAUCGUUGUUGAUGGCUUCCCUGGGUUGGGCGAAGGGACUACGGAUCCGGGUGAGAAUACCGCGCCUGUUAGUCCAAUGAGCMCUAUGAUGGAAGGAGAUGCCGAAUUGCUUGUCGCUGCUGCUGCUGCUCUUGAUGCUGGCGUUAAGAACGGUGGGAGCAAGGUACCGUUGACCGCCGAGGCUUUGGCGCAGAUGGAGGAGGAAAACGACGCCGAGGAGGUGAGGAAGGGCAAAGAGAAGGAGAAGUGA